UAAUAAUAACCUAAAAUUGAUGACAAACAAGAAAGAGAACCCUCAAUUGAAGCAAUACUGACAUUAAUCAACUACGACGAUGCACCGCCGUUCGUCCCCGAACUUUAUCCACCGGCGCGGCGGAAACCUAGACAGCUGAUCAACUUUUCUUCGGCGGUCUGAUCAUAAGCUUAAAGUUGAAGAGCAAAAUUACCAAUACAAACAAACAAUCAGAUGCUCGGAGCCAUACUGCACCUGCGUUCCCGAUUGUCCCUCUUAAACCCCAUAAAUACUUCGUCUUCAUCAAUUAUACCUUCCCAAUUUCCUCCCCUUUCUGCAUAUUUCUCCAACUCCCCAAUUCUACAAAGAAAACAGCUUAAUCCCGAUAACGAUGAGUUCAACAGGGAACCCGAUUGCCCGCCCAGGUUAUUCGUCGUACAGCCCAGGAUCCGACCCGAAACCCUUUUGAAGGCGAAGCUUGAGGAGGCGUUGAAUCUUGCAAAUUCUCUUGAGCAACAGCGUGAUGGGUUGUACCACACGGAGUUUUCGGACAAGGAAAUGCCACCUCAUCUUGUUGUUCAGAACCCUGCUGCCAGAUCAACUCGGGCCGAUACAUAUUUCGGAGGUGGGACGGUGGGGAAUAUUAAAUGCCACAUAAAUAACUUGGAAUCGAAGGAUGAGGUGGAUGCCGUUUUCGUAAACGCUAUUCUUAGUGGCGUUCAGCAACGGAAUCUGGAGCGGACUUGGGAUAAACCUGUUCUUGAUCGUAUUAGUCUCAUAAUAGAGAUUUUUAAUGCUCAUGCUCAAACAAAGGAAGCUAAACUACAGGCUGAGUUGGCAGCUCUGAUGUAUAAAAGAAGCAGACUUGUUCGAGUUCGUGGGCUUGAUGGGCGUUACACGUUUGGUGGAGCCGGGGAAUCAGAAGUCGUUAGUGCCAGAGGGAGAGGAAGUGGAGGGCGUGGUUUUAUCAGUGGUGCUGGAGAAACCGAACUUCAGCUUCAAAGGCGAAGAAUCUUGGAUCGGAGAAAGAAGUUGUUGUCCGAAAUAAAAGAAGUUCGAAGUACUCGAGCCAUCCAACGUGCUGCUAGAAGAAGGCAAGGAAGCUCCCCAGGACAAGAAAUUCCUACUGUUGCUGUAGUUGGAUAUACAAAUGCUGGGAAAUCUACAUUAGUUAGUGCACUCUCAAACACCUAUCUUUACUGCGAUGAUCGAUUGUUUGCAACUGUUGAUCCGAAGUUGAGCAGUGUCGUUCUUCCAUCAGGGAGGAAAGUGCUGCUUAGUGAUACAGUUGGAUUCAUCUCAGAUUUGCCCGUGCAGCUAGUUGAAGCAUUUCACGCUACCUUAGAAGAGGUCGUCGAAGCUGACCUGCUUGUGCAUGUACUGGACUCGAGUUCUCCAAGUAUCAACGAACACCGCGAAGCUGUAAUGCAAGUUCUUUGCAAGCUAGGCGUGUCAAAGGAGAAGCUCCAUAAUAUGAUUGAAGUUUGGAAUAAGGUCGAUCUUCUGGAAAAGCAACCCGAUAUCGACGAAGUUGAUGAUGGAGAUUACGACACCAGUCUCUCGGGCGACGACGACGCUGACGUGGCAUCUGAACAGUUGACCGGUCAACACGAUGAAGAUCGAGAUUAUCCGGAAGAGUGGCUCUUAUCUGAGGAUGAGGAGGAGCAAGAAGAAGAUUCUUGGGUUGACUAUGAUGGUUGCUCCAUUGGAAGCAAUACUGUAAGCGACAAACCGAACGAGCUUUUGGUAGAUUCUGUCAAAGAUUCUGUUAAAGAUGCUGUGUCUGUAGCAGAAUCCAGUUGCCCUGUGAAAGCAUCUGCAGUAACUGGACUUGGUUUGCAAGAAUUGCUUCAGCUAAUCGAUGACAAGUUAGGACAGUCUCGAGUGGUAGAAAGGACCGUUUUCGAUAGCAAGUGGAGACCGCCACGUGGCCAAGACAACGACAUUGCAAUUGAGCAGUAGAAACCUUCUUAUCGUUUUGAAUUGUGACUUUGCUAUAUAUCGUUUUGAAUUCCAUUUUUCACCCCCUAUCGAACUCGAAUAUUUCUAGUACGUCGCCUGCUAGUUUUGCUUCAAUAUCACUAAAUAGAAAUUUGUAUA